AUGUCAAUUGCAAUUGAAGAGGUAUUUCCGAAUUCGCAUCAUCGUCUGUGUCUUUGGCAUAUCAUGAAAAAACUUCCAGCAAAAUUAGGUGGUCAUGCUCAAUACAAAAUGAUAAAGAAACAAUUGAAGAACAUUGUUUAUAACUCACUUACAAUUGAUGAGUGUGAUGAAAAUUGGUUGAAAAUGAUUGAGGAGUUUAAUUUGGAGAAUAAUGAUUGGUUGAAAUCUUUGCAUAAAGAACGGAAUAGAUGGAUACCUGUAUAUGUUAAAGAUAAGUUUUGGGCAGGUAUGUCCACAUCUCAAAGAAGUGAAAGUAUGAAUGCAUUUUUUGAUGACUACAUUCAUUCUAAAACACCCUUGAAGCAAUUUGUUGAGCAGUAUGAUAGUGCUUUGAAGAAGAAGAUUGAGAAUGAAAAACAUAUGGAUUUUGUUUCUUUUAAUUCUAUCAUGCCAGUUGUUCUUGGUCAUCUUAUUGAAAGACAAUUUCAAAAUGCUUACACAAACAACUUAUUUAAGUUGUUCCAAGAUGAAAUUAGGGGGUUGAUGUUUUGCAAUGCCUCGUUGUUGAAAGAAGAAGGGACAACUUUAGUAUUUGAAGUAGUAGAAACUAUGUUGGGAAAGAAUGGAGAACCUGUAAGAGAAGUUUCCUUUAGGGUACAUUACACGGAGUUACAUUGCCAAUUGAAGUGUGUGUGCCGUCUAUUUGAGUUUCGGGGAAUUUUAUGUAGGCAUGUGAUCAAUGUGUUGAUAAGAAUGAAGGUGAUUGAGGUUCUUAUGAAUUAUAUUAUGGACCGAUGGCGCAAAGAUAUUAAGCGUGGGUAUCAAAGUAUCAGUAACAUCUAUGAUGAUUAUGGUUGUGAUGGAGAAAGAUAUCGGUAUAAUAUUCUCACUCCAUUGAUACAAGAGGUUCAACAACUUGGCGCAAAAAAUGACAACAGUUGUUCAAUUUUGGUGGAAAUGUUGAAAGACACAAAGGAAAAACUGAUUGCUAUUGAUCUUGAGCAUUCAAGGGUUGAACAAUUAAAAGAAGUAUCUACAUCCGGUGCAAAAGUGAUACAUUCUCCAUUAAAAGUAAGAUCUCGAGGUCGUCCACCUACAAAGAGGAAACAAUCUAAGAUUGAACAAAUUAUGAAAAAAUCAAUUGCAAAGGCCCGAAAGAAGGGAGUUGCUGGUUCUGAAGCUUGUUCUGAAACUACUCUCGCUGUCCUGAGUGAAAUUCUGCUGGAGCUUCUAUGA